CAAGGCCCGGUAUUUUAGGGACGGGAAUUUUUUGACUGCUAAAUGGGGUAAUAAUCCUUCUAUCAUUUGGCAGAGUAUCUUCCAGACCCAGAAUAUCAUUAAAGAAAGCUACCACUGGAGUGUGGGAGAUGGAAAGACUAUCAACAUCUGGACCGACCCCUGGUUACCAAAUAAGAAUCAACCCAAGGUAAUUUCUUCUCCAUUCUUGGGAUUGGAGGAGGCAAAAGUUUGCAAUCUGCUGUGUAUUGAAAGGAAUAAUUGGGAUGCCGAUCUUCUACGUGAGUUAUUUGUGCAGCGGGAUAUUGACCUUAUCAAUGGAAUUCCGAUUAGCCAUAGAUCGGUUUCAGACAGGCUUUGUUGGCGGUGGGAGAAAUCUGGAAGGUUCUCAGUUCAGAGCUGUUAUAGAGCGCUGAUUGGGGAGUUUGAGAACGCUGGGUGGCGUGGUUGGAUCCAGAUUUGGAGAUGGAAGCUUUCUCCAAAGGUAAAAUUCUUCUUCUGGCAGGCUUGUUGUGAUUUGCUUCCCACGAAAAUCAAUUUGAAAAUCAGGAAGGUAAACUGUGCAUCCAACUGCGGUUUGUGUGGAAGAGAGGAGGAGACGCUGCAACAUCUCUUCGUGGCAUGUCCAGUAGCUUUGAUGGCCUGGAACUCAAUUGGUUGGAGCUGGUCGGCUUCUCCUGCACAGUCCUUUUUGGAGCAGAUCCGGGCAGAGUUUGAAGCUAGGAAAGAGGAAGAUUUGUGUAGGUUGGUUUGGGGUUGUUGGGGGUUAUGGUGUGAACGCAAUAAUAGGACCUGGAAUGGGGUUAUUUCAGAUCCGAAUCAGAUCCUUGUGAAGACUAGAAUGUAUAUUAGUAUCAGACAUGCUGCCGAACACCAGUACCCGAGAUCUCCGAAGCAGCAAGCUUGGUCCAUAUGCCUAAAACGUUUUGCUUCAAAGACCUUUCCAAUUCCGGGCUGAUUUAUUUCACUGGAUUUGAAAUUUAUGGUGUAAAAUUCCUCUUUGUGGGGUGUGAACCUCUUGAAUUGGGUCCUGGAGACAAUAAACGGAGCUACAACAGAGAAGAGAAUGGUUGUACCGUGGGAGCCCGCAGUGGACCAAUUCCGGUGAAACUUGACGAAACUGGGAGCUGUGAUUAUGGAACAGAAGGACCAGGCCCGGGCCCGAGAUACAAAUAGGCUGGGCCUCAGGGAUAGCGCGAGAAUGCUUAUAAUGUUCUUUUUGCUAUAAAAAUCUACUAGUAUAAUUUAAAAUUAUACAAUAUUACCGUCAAAAUACUAGUAUAACACAUCAAAAAAACCAACAAAGCACGUGGUUAGAAAAUAUAUAUAGAGGGUAUUGAAUCUAUUGAUAAGUGACAUUCGAUGAAACAAUGUACCUCACAGCCGAGUGAAACAAGUAUUGCAAC